GGGCCUUUCUUGAGUCGCUGCUACAGGGAUACCAAGAUGGAAAUCCAGGGGCUUUCUGAUGUCCAAAACAAUCACUCUCAACAUGGCGCCCUACACAGAACCACUUCGUCUCCAUUUCUAUCAGCGACAGGGUCGAUACCUCGAUUUACUUCCACUGAAAAUGAAGCGGAUAGAUUACUGGAGUCGCCUGAGCCUAAAAGUGACGACAACAACAACCCCCGGCCGAGAACAUCACCGUUUCACCUACUGGCGGAAAAUGGCAGCGGAGCGGCUUGUUCUCUUGUCAGCAAACCGCAACCUACAGAUAAAACCAUUUUACCGGGUAACAGAUCGAAUGUCAGACUUCAUAACGUGAACACAGAGAAGGAAAAUGAGCUCAACAUGCUGCUUGGUUCGCAGGAGUUUGUGAGGACUGCUUGCAAAUACCGGAUGGAAAGCGGGGAUACUGUAAUGCAAAUGGCGCUGCCUCUGUUUGAAGGGGAAGAGGAACCGAUGCCGCUGCGGCAGUUAACGUUACCGCUUCCAGUUUUACGGCAGCAGCGUGAGGACGGCGCCUUCAAGCAGUCCUCGCUGGACAGCCACAGCGCUACUGCACCGGGGAGCUUGAACGCGGUGAGCAGGGCAGAGAAAAGCACUCGGGAAUUGUAUGUCGUUUUUAAUGUCGUUCAAGAGGAUGGCAGCGGCGAAGCAAGCAAACACCGACCGACUGUGUCCCCAGACGGCGGCGAUAAAAUGAAAGGUAAAAAAACGGAGUCGUCGAAAGCGAGUCCCUGUAGCUCCAUGGAGGUUGGAAGUAGCAGUGACGUUAUUCUCUGUGAAUCUAAUGACAACUUGAACUGUCUUGAUAUCCAGGCCUUGAAAAAAAACGACCAUGUUUUCAGUUUACUACACGACAAUUCUGCCGCGGCCAAUGUUAAACAGACUGGUUAUCACCGCACUGUCGAAGACGUCGUUCUGACAAACAAAUAUGGCGAUAAGAUAUGUGGACAGAUUUGUACCGAAAACAAUGAAAGUAAACUGGUCAGGGAGCUUUCGUCGCACUCCCGUAUUGAUGAGGGCAGUGCCUUGACUUCAGGGAACUCGGGUAUCGUUGAAGCCAUGGACACUUCAGACUUCAUUUCAGACUCAACGGGGCUGCAUGACAGUACAACCCCGGUCACGGCCUCCACAAGUCCGCCUGCUGGUGAAACCUUUUCCGGAACUAUUACAAUAAACAACCAAAGCAUCAUAGUGACUAUAGAAAACGGAAUACUGACUCUGGCUGCCCCACCAGAGGGAUAUGUACACAAAGAGGAUGACAUGGUCAGCUUAAAGGAGCACCUAGGCAUGAAAGACCAUGAGGAUAUUGUUCUGCUCAACUAUGAUAGUGGCACUAAAUCCAUCGGGAAGAUCAGCACGCUGGCAGUAUCCAGAUCCAACCCGCAGGAGGAGCCCAGGCCUGGCUUGUCUGUGAGUGACUCAGAGUUGGCUCUGGUGGAUGACUGCUCGCUAUCAGAGCUUGGCACUUCUCUGGACUCCUGUCCCAUUGUCAAGCAGGAGGCAGGGACGCUGUGUGCUGUGACAGAGGCUGAUCUGGUCACCCCGUCCCCCAAAGUCACUGUGGCAGACAUCGAUAAUGGAGACUUCCAAUCUUUACCGCUAGUAAGGUCCAAGAAAGAGGCCGCGGCCUCUUUUGGGUGCCCUGAACCGGGCUGCUGCUGUACAUUUGAUACACGACAGAAACUUAAGGUGCACCUCCUGAACCAUGCUGAGGACCCACGCCCCUACCAGUGCACUGUAGAGGGCUGCGGUUGGGCUUUUGCCACCUCUUACAAGCUAAAGCGGCAUCUUCAGUCCCACGACAAGCAGCGGCCGCACACCUGUCAGUUUGAAGGCUGUGGGCGACGUUUCACCACAGUGUACAACCUUAAGGCUCAUGUUAAAGUCCAUGAGCAGGAUAAUGCCUUCAUCUGCGAGAUCUGUAGUGAGAGGUUUCGCAGUGCUACCCGACUCACCAAUCACCAGAGGGUCCACUUUGAACCACAGAGGCCCCACAAGUGUGAAUUCCCAGGCUGUGAGAAAACCUUCAUCACCUUCAGUGCUCUGUUCUCUCAUAAUCGCACUCACUUCAGAGAAACGGGCCACUUUACCUGCACAUACCCAGGCUGCGACAAGAUGUACGACAAGGCCUGUCGUCUCAAAAUCCAUAUGAGAAGUCACACUGGUGAGAGGCCUUUUGUCUGUGACUCGGAGGGCUGUGGCUGGUCCUUCACCAGCAUGUCUAAGUUGCUCAGACACAAACGGAAACAUGAUGAUGACCGUCGCUUUGUCUGUACAGAGGAGGGUUGUGGGAAAUCCUUUACACGGGCAGAGCACCUCAAGGGUCACAGUAUCACACAUCUGGGCACCAAGCCCUUCCAGUGCCAUGCAGAAGGCUGUAAUGCCAAGUUCUCAGCUCGCAGCAGCCUGUACAUCCACUCCAAGAAGCAUAAGCAGGACGCCAGCACCCUGAGGACCCGCUGUCCUGUGGCCAACUGUUCCAAGCACUUCUCCUCCCGCAGCAGCCUUAAGAGCCACAUGCUCAAACACCACCACCUCAGUCCUGAUGUUCUUAGCCAGAUGGAGACCACACCCACACUGACCCCCAGCAGCGAGCUCAUCAGCUCCACCCCAACAACAGUUGCAGGGCCUGGUAUUGUCGGGGGUGACCAGCUGACGAACUUGGACCUCAGUUCUCUUUUCUCUGCUGUGCCUGGUGGCACUGCAUCCACAGCUGGCAUCGGAGUGGGAAUUCCCAUCACUGGGAGCAGCUCUAAUGGCACCUUCACUAUGGACCUCUCCUUGGUCAGCUCAGGCAUCCUCACCAUCGACCCUUCCUCAGUCGGUACUACACUGGGUACAGGUACCAGCAGCACAUUGGCCAAAGCUGUGGACCCUCUUAUCCUGGCAGCCAGUUCUGACAUGGGCCCCCAUCAUGGUCUGGAAGGUACAGUGGGUGAUGUCCUGCCCCCACAGGGCACUCUAAAUCUGGAUGAUGUGCAAACGGUUACCCCAGAGGCCCUGGGACCCCUCACUGCUCUCACUAUGCAGGGUGCUGGUGCCCCUGUGGACCCCGCUCUGCAACACUCACUCAGCUCCUCCAGUGCCCUGAGCGUGGAGCCCACAGCCUCCCUGGCAGUGGCCCCUGUUGCUGAGCUUCUGGCCUCCCCCUCAAAGGUGGUGGAGGUGGGUGGCCAGGCGGGAGCAGGGCCUCUACUUGGCUGUGUGGAGGUGCUGGGACCUCAAGAGGGAGGAAAAGUCCUCACCCAGUUUGUUUUCUCUGGUCACAGCAGCAGCUUCAGCCCACAGAAGGACCAGGAACUCAAUGCUGUGUCACCAAGCAGCUUCCUGGAGAGUGGAGGCUCAGCGAGGACCGACUACAGAGCCAUCCAGCUGGCCAAAAAGAAGAAGCAAAGAGGUCCUUCAGCCUCCUCUGGGAGUUCAGGAUCGAGUCAGAGAAAAACAAAAGGAGUGAAGGCAGCCUCAGCUCCUGCACUGAUGGCUCCCUCUGGUGUUCGAUAUGGUGAAGGAGCUGCAGCAGUUAAUGGGGGCCUGACUCUGCGUGACCCUGUGACCGGGGCCCAAUAUGUCCAGAUUCAGCUGCUGCAGGAUGACCCAGCCAGUGAUGGUGACCUGGCCUUCCAGCUGAGCUCUCAGCCCUCCAGCUCUCACUCUCAGCUCACUGCAGACCUGCCUGUCAACAUUCUACAGGAACCUUCAGUGAUGACGGAGGACGACAAUGGUUCUGACAACUCCCAGUUCACAGGCAGCACAAUCAAUCUGCAGGACUUGGAGUGACCACUACAGAGCUGCAGGUCUGAGGUCACCAGCACCUCAUCAUUGUCCACAGUUUACAUCAACAAACAUACUCUGAGAUGUUUGACUCCAUCAGGCGGUUGCCUCAUAUUUUCCCUGGACUUUAAAAGCCUUUUUGGACAUGUGACUGGUGUAGUUUGUGAAGGGGGUGGAUACGAGUCCACAGAUAAUGCACCUUGAUAAGAGGAGAUGAGGAUUUGUUUGUUGAGAAGAUUAUGUGUUUAGUCCAGUUUGUACCAAAAUCACAGCUGAGAGCAUUCUCGUGUCAAAGAGACAUGUGAGAGGCUCUUUGUUCCUCUGUGUCCUGUGGGUUUUUAUAGUAAUGGUGUCUAUUCUAUGGUGCCACAUUGCCACUCAUGCACACACAGUGCGCUGUCUAUGCUCCAGUUGCCUUACAGACACCUCACGCUGUGCAUUCCUCCACUGGCGGGUUCUCUGCUUUAUUCGUUGCUGUUUUGAUUUUGUUAAAUUUAUUUUUCUAUGGCAGCAGUAUGUCCACGUUGAAAACAUGCCUGAUCAUGUGUUUCUAUACCGUAUGUAAGGAGUUACUACCUUCUUCUAAUAAUUGUAUCUGUUUAUUUAUUAUUUAGCUGUGGGUUUACAGAAUGGCAGAGCCAAACACAGAGAUGAAUUAAAGAAUCAAAGCACAAUCAAAA